AUGGUCCGUCUGCACGUGAAGAAAGGCGAGGAGAGCCAGUUUCUGUACGACACACACGUGGAGGCUCGGGUUGAAGACGUUAUAUACGACAUUGCUAUUAUUUACAACGGCCGGCUGAAGAUUUCAAGAAUAUGUUAUGAAAUCGAAGAGCUGGCGAAGCACGGCACCAUGCUGCCCCAUGACAUGAUGGGCCUCACCGACGAGCAGGUAGAAGAGUUGAAGCUCAAGGACGAGUGGGGCGAGAAGUGCGUGCCGAUGGGCGGAUGGACCUUUAACAAGGACGUUAUCGGCCGCAGAAACGGCAGACAGCCUAAUGCGAAGAUGCAGGAGGUCUUGAAGAAAACGAUCGAGGAGGCACGAGCUACGGUUUCGAAGAUUUCCACGUUCUUGCUCGACGUUGUGACGCAAAAACUUGUGCAAGAAACGUUGGAUAUCCUGAGAGGCGCUGUGACCAUCGUUUAUCCGAUGGGACUUCCGCCUCAUGAUGUUAUUAGACAGGAGUUCGAGAACACGGAGGAUUUGAGUGGAACUCAGGCGUCGUUAGAGGUUAUCGAUGUGCAACUGGCACAAAUCUGGUUCUCAGGUAAGGAAAUGCUACCGGGAAAGAAGCUGAAGGAUUACUUGGGGAUAAACGAGAAGACGAAGAUUAUCGUGAAACUGCAGAAAAGAGGAGUUGGAAAGCCUGCUCGGGAACCACUGAUGACAGAGGACGAACGCAAGCUGCUGAUGCUACACGCUUACAAUCGACAAGAGCAGCUAAAGAAACUUGAGCAAGACGAUGACGACGAGUAUCUCAACUCCUCCUGGGCCGACGGCAGCAGUCUGAAGCGGCACUUUCAAGGUCUGAACAACAUCUCCUGGAAACCGCACUAAGCGGGAGCCCAAGAAUGGGAACGAGAGAGAGAGAGAGAGAGAGAAAGCAAGAAAGCAAAGGAGAGAAGGAGAAUUUCGUAGCUUGUUCAAGUUACCGACCGCGAAUAUAGCCAAUAUUCUCUCACCGACUAACAAAGCUUGAAAGAACAGAGAAUUCAAAAAAACAAAAAACAAAAAAAUAGUAGAGAACCGUAAUGGCGACGUAUGUACUAGCUUCAGGUUAAAAUAUCCAACGGAGUGAACCAGAGGUGCACGAUGCUCAAUGCGAGAGUUUCGAAAAGGAACCGGGCGUCGAUU